CUGAUUGAUGGAGGAAAAGAAGAAGAAGAAUCACCACACCAUGAACCUCUCACAAAAGCCUAUCACUGAUGAUAUAGCGCCUACUACAGAUGAGGACGAGAUUAUCGGAUAUGCGGAUCCAUGGAUCGUGUCACCAGGAGACUUGGUAAAUGUCAAAGUGUCCUCUACCGACGCCGAAUAUCGUUGGAGCUUGAUCCGUUUGAUCAAUGGACUGCUGCCUCUCCCGGAAGCACCACCGCUACGAAGCGAGAUUAUUAUUCCUGAGAGCAGUAAGACGCAGCAACAUGGCUCUUUCAAGCUGGCGGCUCCUGGGUCUUAUGCUGUUGUCGAUAGCUGGCCACUGGAGGGGAACAACACAGUAAUGGAGGCAGGAGGACGAUUAUCGGGUGUUCGCUUGGGAUUUUUCGUACAGCCGUGGAUGACCGAGUGUCGGCAUUUGCAGACGUUGGUUUCGACUUUGGAUGUCGACAGUUUGGCUGGGUUUGCUCUAUUCCUGGACACUUCUGGUCAGCUAUGUUGUAUCGUUGGGGACGGCAGUACAGUGCAAAGACAAAACACGGGCAUUCAUCUGCGUCGAUGGCGAUGGUCACGCAUCAGUUGCACGAUCAAAGGCAGACAAGUGCGCCUCCAAGUUGUACCAGUGUCGCGCUUGGUGGAACCGGCACCUGCAAGCUCAGUCUUUGAGAAUUGUGCCAUCAACGAAGUGAAGUUCGCGGGAAAUGUGCCGCUCACGCUAGCUGCGGGCUUCUUUGGUUUCGAGCAACAGGCCACACUCAAGCCCGAUUCUUGUUUCAGUGGCAAGCUCGACUCCUUCACACUGGAAACUCAGCAUUCGACAGCAGGAGACUUUUCACUCUGGGCACAAUAUGACUUUGCCAAAGACAUCAACUCGGACCGGGUUGUGGACACUUCUGGCGCCAACAGACAUGGACAGUUGAAGAAUGCACCAACCCGAGCCGUCAAAGGCCAUGAUUGGGAUGGAUCAGAACCAGACUGGACAAAGGCCAAGUACGGAUAUGGCGCCAUCCAUUUUCAUGACGACGACCUCGACGAUGCAGAUUGGCCCACAGAUUUUACUGUCACCGUCCCAGAUGAUGCCGUCUCCGGCGCGUAUGGCGUGGCAGUGAAGGGCACCAGUAGUGGAACGGAAGACAUCAUCACCUUCUUCGUCACGCCAAAACAUGAUCGAGUGACGACUCGUCGUGGCGCUCCAGUGGCCUUCGUGAUGCCGACUUUCACAUAUCUGGCAUAUGCCAAUGAACGCAUGUACGAUCAAGACCGUGCAUCGCGCCUCGAGCUGGCGGGAGGCGUGUCCAUGCGAAAGGACAAACACUUUGCUCGCAUGAAUCGAAGGUCGGAUCUAGGCAUCAGCAUGUACGACGUCCAUAACGAUGGCUCGGGGGGCGUCUUCUCCAGUGCCAAGCGUCCCAUCCUCAACAUGCGUCCCGACUACAUCAACUGGGCCUUUCAUCGACCUCGUGAGUUUCCCGCCGAUCUUCUCAUGCUCGGCUUCCUCGAGAAACAUUUGGGCAAAGGUGGUUAUGAUGUCCUGACGGAACACGACCUUCACCUCCGAGGCUUCUCGGCAGUACAGCACUACAACGUGCUCAUCACCGGCUCACAUCCCGAGUAUCCGAGCCUCACAGAGCUGGACGUAUAUGCAGAGUACCUCAAGACCGGAGGCUCCGUCAUGUACUUGGGAGGAAACGGCUUCUACUGGUGCUCGGAGACCCAUCCGGAGCGACCACAUCGCAUGGAAGUCCGGAAGGGUGAUCAGGGAUGCCGAUCCAUCACUUUGCCGGCUGGCGAGCGUAUACAUCAGAUCAAUGGCGCACAUGGCGGGCUUUGGAGAUCUCGCGGCAGAGCAGCGCAAGUCAUGUUUGGCGUCGGCAGCGAUGCUUGUGGCUCAGGUCCCGGAGUUCCAUACCGAGUGUAUCAGCAUGUCCUGCAGCAGAAAGAGUUCUCCUGGCUGUGGCGUGAUCUCCAACCGGACUCUUCCGGCAACCUCCUGGUCGGCAGUGAGGGUUUCGGCGGCGGCGCUUCUGGUGAUGAGAUUGAUCGCUUGGACUAUGACCUGGGUACGCCGAGCAAUGCUGUGCUCCUUGCCACCGCGAAUGACCACGAUGAUAGCUUUGCUCUCUUCAACGAAGAGGCCAUGUUCCCCAUGAUCAACACCACAGCUUCUGUAUGCGAUAAGGUGCGUAGUGACAUGGUCUACUACGAGACGAGUGCCGGUGGAGCUGUCUUCAGUGUAGGCAGCAUUAACUGGUACUGUUCCCUGGGCUGGAAGGCGUACGACAAUGAUGUGGCUGUGCUCACGCGGAACGUGUUGGACGAGUUUAUGCGGAAGGGGGCAAGUAAAGGAGAGCCUAAGCUCUAGCGACCUCGAAGCUUUUUCAUAGGCAAUGAAAAGAUCUCCAGAUUGGUCGCUGUAUAGCUCAAGGCUACCGGUCGUUGCCGUUGCACGUCGUCCUUGCUAGUGACUUUGGUAAAGUCCAGCGGUCUUGAGGGUGGUUCCGACGAAUUUCCGUCCUUGAUGCUAUCCAAGUAGUAGAUCAAGCCUGCUCAAAGCAGCGUAGCCAAUAGCCACAUCACGGAGAGAGAGGACUGACAACGGAUCUUUUCCCCUGCCCUGGUAGUAGCAUCAUUCCCCACAACUAUGCUCCAAGCUAUCAUUCCAGCUGUGUUGUUGUGAUGGGACUCGCCGUGACACGCAGGGUCUUCUGCUUGGGUCACACCGUCACAGUAGUGAAUAGGUAGCUUCUUCCGGGAUUGUCACAAGACGAUUGCGUACUGCCUGAGCCCUAAUCCGCCGUGUAAAGUUGCCAAUCACUCUAGGUCGCCGUCCCUCGAGCCCUUUCAUGCAUCUGAGCCCGUUUGACGAUAUCGGCGAGCUUAUUGCCAUCCAGCCGUGGAGCAAACCGCUUGAUAGGUUUGACAAGGACCGGCGAUACCACCUAUUGUAUCGCAUUUCUCCAUGAUUACCCCGAAAGCUUCAGAACUUGGUCUCAUCAUUGUAUACUCCGCAGCCGUUGUGCAUCCUGCAGGCUUCUUGGUCCGACCAUACAUUUCUCGAUACGUCCCACGUGCGAAUGCUUCAAUCCUGGUCUUCUCUCGGUCGUUGCGGUCCAGGUGGGCUCCGUAGAGGGGUCUAACCUUCUUCCUUCUUCCUAUCCCAGUAUGUACUUGGACGCCUCUGAUCUGGCGAAGUGGUGCGACUUUC